AUUCUAAUCAGGCACCACUGAGCCAACCUGCUGUGUCGUUAAUGCUGGGUCCAUCCUCUGCAUGUUUGGCCAACAAGGGGACAUCCGUGAUCCGACCUCAUUCGUAACUGUUGUUUUUGUUUUGCAACCAAGUAAAAUGUACUACAAGUUAAAUGGAGUUACACAAAGACUUGCUGGAUCGGCACCGAGUGCGUACAGCCCUCAGGGGUUGAGGGUAACCGUGCCCAUGGAGGCCCCUCCAAUGAUCUUUGCCACCCCCACCAAAUAUGUGUCGGAGGCAGGGAACACAGUGGAGUACCUGGGACACAACAAAGUCCCUGACCUACAGAAACUCUUCCAGAAGUCUGACGGUAUCCCUGUGCACCUGAAGAGAGGCCUGAUGGACAAGAUGCUCUACAGGACCACCAUGGGCCUGACCAUUGGAGGGACCCUCUACUGCCUGAUGGCUCUCUACAUAGCUGCCCAGCCAAGGAAGUGAUCUGCUUAUCCAGCCUCUUCCCCUUCAAGGUUCCAACAGGAUUCUAUAUGAUUAGGAGAAAUAAUAAUUUAAGUCCAUGUCAUAUCACUACAUGUCAUAUCACUACUUGCCCUAUCUCACUUGCUCUGUGUUCUUGUGCAAGUUGUGCAUUUCCACAUGUAUAUCUCUGCUGAUGUCUCGGUAACAACCAGCACCAUAUCAGUGGUACAUAACUAUGAUGGCUAGAGUAUCAACAAUCUACAUUUAAAAAAAGUAUGACCAUGUUUUCUGCCAGAGCACUCCCCUGUGUGUGUGUGGAAAGAAUUUGAGGUCUCAUGACAUGGAUGACUUUGGGUGCUCUUUUGUUCUGAGCGAGAGGGUGGAUGGGGCUAGCACCUUUUUUCAAAGCUAAUAAUGAGGUGGUACUUCAGGUUGUGAUAUCAUUCAUUGGUUUCUUUCUGUAAUAAACUCUGCUUUUGAGAAGUCACAUCUGCAUGACCUUAUUUGCAUGCCCCCCCCCCCCAAGUCCCUAUUUUUAUGGUGCAGAGGUUGUUGUCAUUUAGUCUGCAUACUAACUGAUGGUGUUCUGUAAAAGAAAAAGGGAGUGCACAGAGUAUCUGACAAGUCAUUGUAAUUUUGUCUUGGGAUAAUAAAGUAUAUUUUAUUUGUAAAACAA